AUGUGGAGGACAAUAGCUUCAGGCUUCAAUCAAAUAUCUGAGAAAUUCUUCAAAGCUCACAAAGCCCAGGUGAAUCACUGCGCCUUCUCUUGUGAUGGUCACCUCCUUAUCACAGGCUCCGAUGACUGUAAAAUCUGCGUCUGGGAUAUUAGAAGUGAAAAUUGUCUAGUUAAAGCAAAAGGACAUAAAGGCCCAGUGAGAGCUUGUGCCUUCUCUGCUGACUCCACUCUCUUCGCCAGUGGGUCCGCUGAUUGUAUGGUCAGGGUGUGGGGCACGGCAAGAGGCAACUGUCUGCACAUUCUCAAAGGGCACAGCAAGAGUGUGGAGACCGUGGCCUUUAGCAACGACUCACAGGUGCUUGCGUCUGCAGGCUGGGACUACACGGUCAUCCUGUGGGAGCCGAAGCUAGGUCAACCCUUGAAGAAACUCUUGGGGCAUCACAACGUCAUCAAAACCUGUGCGUUUUCAUACCAUGGAGAAUACUUGGCCACUGGAUCCUGGGAUUUUAAAGUGAUCCUCUGGAGUUUACAAAGCACGCGUCAAGUGAUUCUGCACGGUCACACGGGCAACAUCAGUUGCGUUGCCUUCUCUAACAUUGGGAUGCUGGCUUCAGGUUCCUGGGAUAAGACUGUACGUGUAUGGGAUCCAAGGAAUGGGAUCCUGAUCUUUCUCCUGGAAAACCAUAGCCACCAUCUCCUGGCCCUCUCCUUCUCUCUGGAUGCAAUUCUCCUGAUGACAGCAACAGAAGAUGGAACGGUUCGUGUGUGGGAUUGUGAAGAUGGAAAAUGUAAGCGGGUCUUAGAGGCGAGACGGUACAAUAUCUCCAGUUGUCAAUUUUCCUCUGUGGAGGCUAUUCUGAUUGCUGGAACCUAUGAAGAACCAUAGCAUAGACAACAAAUCUAUCAAGAGUAUCUAUUACCAAGAUUUUAAAGUCAAAGCUUAAAUAGUAUUUUAAGAUUUACCCAAGCCACACCACUUUAACAUUGGACUAAGUUAGCAUCAAGAAUUAAUAAAGUAUAUAAUGACUCAGUUUUAAAUUGAGCCAAGAAUUAAUGGCUGAGGUAAAACCCUACUAUUUCUGGGAGGCAGUGUUUCCAAUUGGGGAUUUGGAAUUUUAUCAGCACUGCUAUGAAACAGCACAAAUGAAACCCAGAAAGAUUCCCAUGACAUAUUCCCUACAGACUAACCUUUGCUCAUUGUUUCAUCCCCUCUCAUGAAAUGCCUUUUUGUUUUGCCAUGACAAGUACAUGCUCUGAGCUUGAGAUUCUGCAGAUGCUUAAAAUCUUGAGCGUCACACACGCAAAAGGCUGGAGGAACUCCACAGGUCAGGCAGCAUCUAUGGAGGGGAAUAAACAGCCAACUUUUCGGGCCAAGACCCUUCAUCUGGACUGAAAAGGUUCUAAGCUGACGUCUCAGUGUAGGACUGAGGUCCCAUUACACUGUUGAUUGGCAGUGUUUUUCAGGGUGAUGUUAAAGCAUGGGGUGUCAGGGAGGGGUAGCACCUCUGGUGGGGGAACAUGUCGCGUCCUUUUCAGGGCAGUUAGUCCACCUUUGGUCCCCACCUGGCACUCAGCUCUCACCUGUGGCUCCCCGUAGUUGUUUGCAUGCGACAGCGGCCACACCCCGGGCAACAGCUUCGACAAGCUGGCUAAACCAGGUGAGGGUAGCCGACGGGUCUCAAACCCUCGGUGAGAUAGGGAGUUGUCUAUCCCAGCAUGUGAAGACAGACUCCGGCGCAUUGAGCGGACGAGACCUAUGGAAGGUCCAACGGUCAAGAAGGCGGUCUCUACAAGCAUCGUGGAACGUGUAGAGCAGGACAAGACACAGAAGACGUCCCGGUCAUCCACUGCGCCUAGUCCCAUCUCCAGCCGUCUAGACUCUGUCUUGCCACUGGAUCCAGAUAGGAAUUGGGAAGAGAGAGUGAGGCUGACGCUCCGCAACUCUCCCUCACUUAAAGCCAAAUCACACGCUAGUCUUGACACCAUCAUAAUGGUGUCGAAGUCCUCACCGACGUCAACGAUGGACGAACAACAUAAAGCAACUCACCACUAGGCUAAAUGAGCUUAAAGAAAUUAACAUUAGAAUAUAAACUAGUAGGGAAUUUAAAGCGCCUGAAAAAUAAUAAAUUACCAGAACUGAGCUGCAGGUGGAAAUCGUAUUUGUGUGUUCAAUUAUAACACUUGAGAUGUUUGGAUAGGUACAUGGAUGAGAGGGAUUUGGAGGGCUCUGGUCUGGGUGACAGAAUGGUGUUGUCAUAAUAACCUCGACUUGAUCAUCACAAAAACCAAGGAGCUGAUAGUAAACUUCAGGAAAUCAAAGCGCGUCGAGCACUCUACUCUGCACAUAUACGGGAAAGAGGUGGAGAGAGUAGAGAGUUUCAAGUUCCUCGGCGUCCACAUCUCGGCUGACCUCACCUGGACUGCCCAUAUCUCUUAUCAGGUGGGGAAGGCCCAACAGAGGCUCUACUUCCUAAGGAAGCUAAAGCACGCUCUCCUCCCUCAUCACCUGCUGAUCAACUUCUAUCGGACAACUAUAGAGAGCCUCCUGACGUAUUGCUGUGCAGUGUGGUUUACCAGCUGCACAGAACAGAACAGGAAGGACUUGCAGCGGGUGGUGAGGGUAGCAAAGCGGGUUAUCGGCACAACAUUACCCUCCCUCAGAGACAUUUAUACUGGCAGACUUCAAAAGAAGGCUACUUGUAUUUCAAAGGAUCCCACUCAUCCUGGACAUCACCUGUUUUCCCCUCUACCUUCUGGGAAGAGAUACAGAGCAUUAAGGACGAAAACAAAGAGACUCCUUAACAGCUUCUACCCACAAGCAGUGAAAUGUAUAACACCCCCUUCCCUUCUCCUGCCCCCCCACCCCCCCCCCAUUCAUAUAUUAUUAAUUUUGGACUACACUCCUGAGGUUUAGAGUUUAUUUUAUGUAUAUAUUCUUUGUCAUGCUGCAAAACGUUGAGCUGCUAAACUGUGUUUCAUUGCUCCACAACAAUGACAAUAAAGAUAUUCUAUUCUAUUCUAGAUGGAACUAGGCAGAAAAUCAGACCAAACAACAGGAAUACUGCAGAUGCUGGAAAUUCAAGCAACACACAUCAAAGUUGCUGGUGAAUGCAGCAGGCCAGGCAGCAUCUCUAGGAAGAGGUACA